AUGGCUACUGCUGAGGUUGCGAGCAGACCUGCUGACCACCCAAUCAAGAAGAAGCCAUUCGCGAACUUCAUCCGCAAGCUAGGCAUCAAGACCAACGACUCCGACAAGGCAAAGAGCAAAAAGGCGAAUGGCAAGAAGAGCGUGAAGAACAACCCAUAUCCCGAGUCAGGACACCUGGCAGUGCAGCAGCAGGCGAGCCAGCCGUCCUUUGGCGAGUCGCAACAACACACCUACAGCAGCUCGUUCGCAUCACUCCCUGCUAGUAACGGGCAAGAGCAUGGCAACAGCAACAAGAGCGGCGCACCCACGCUUGCCACCAAUCCUGAGACCGUCAAUAGCGAUGGCGGUAACAGCAGGGCCGCAACGAAUACCACAGGUGCUGGCGCGCUGAGCAGCAUGGAUGGCCAAGGCGCAAACAGCACUUUCAGCUCUCCAAAUCAGAGCAACCACUCUCUCGCUACCACACUCACCACAAUCCAGUCACAGGCCAAUGCUGCAGGCGCACCAAAUGCCGCUUCUGGCAGCAAUUACUCGCACAAUAAUCAGAGCCAGGGCAUGGGCACCUCGUUCAGCCAUCAAUACCCCGUGUCACCAUCAGCGAACUCCGCUUUGACCGGCACCGCUUCAGCCAUCCCUCGACAUCUUACCACCGAUGCCAACACACCAGCCACUUACAACUCAGCCACAGCGAACAAUCUGCUGAGCGACAACGCGAGCAUUUUGACCUUGGCAUCCUCCUCCAAGCGACGCAGACGCAGCAUGGACACAGACGCCUCAGUACGAGCCAUGGCACCCCAAUCCGUCUUCGGCGGCAGCCGCGAGUCCCUUCCCCUCAGCGUCCUCAGCGGCACCAUCACCAGCCCCGACGCUCCGCGCCAGUCCUACUCCCACGGCGUCUAUGGCUCCGCCGCAGCCGAGCGUGCCUCCGUCUACUCCUCCGCAGGCCUUCGCGAGAACAUGGUCUCCCCAGUACCACCAGGCUCCGAGCGCAACUCCUACUACGCCAAGCAAUCUGAUGCCAAAUCCCUCCGCUCUGUCAACAACCUCAAGGACGAUGCUCGCUCUAUCACGGGCAUCUAUCCUCGCUCGGAACUCGAUAACCGCUCCUUGAACACUACCGGCGAUGUCGCCAGUCUGAGGAGCUUUGAGGCGAAUAGCGGUUUCCAACACGCCCGGAAUGGUAGUAUCCCCGGAAGUAUUGGGAAUUUCACUUCGCCACCGAGCUUAUUGAGGCAGGCUAGUACAAGCGGUGCUACGGCGCUUAGUAUGGGAAGGACAGAUAGUGAUUGGCGUGAAGGCGAUGACGAAGAGCCGACUGCUGUUGAUGUGGAAGAGCAUCAGGAUGGUGGUGAGGAUGUGAAGAAGCAUGGUUAG